AUGCUUCUCAGGUUGACGUCCGCUGUGAAUCAUGCGUUUGAUCCAGUACGGGAACUGAGUCCUAAUUACGUUCAAGGGGCAAUUGUUUUGUUGGCGACUUUACUCAGUACCUGGGGUCUGUGGAGACUCUGGAGAUUCACCAUCCAACCACUUUUUCGGCCUAACGAGCCACUCGAACUCCCCUAUUGGGUUCCUUAUCUCAAUUGCUUAGGGCAUGCGGGUGCUUUUUUCGAAGAUUGCCACCAGCUAAUGAGAAGAGCUGUAAAACAACUCGGGACACGCGAACCUUUUGCGUUAACCCUGGCCGGUGACCGAUAUUAUGUAGUAACAUCGCCGGCUGACAUUCGCCCUUUUUUCGCCAAUAUCAACGCUCUGAGCCUGGAUGGCUUCCUCAACCAGGUCUUGAUUGGCUUCGGCUGUGGGGAAGACCGACUUCAUACCCUCUGGCAGCGCAACCAGCCCGGCCCAAUCAACCCCAAGGGUAAGAGCCUUAUUCACUUGACGGAAGAUCUCUUCAAGCAACAUCUCCUCCCUGGACCGACAUUUGACACUUUGUUGAGCCGAUACCGUGGCGCCAUCCAGGAGCUACUGUCCUGGAGUCAAUUAGAGGCUACAUAUCCCACAAUGACUGGUAAGGAGACGGAGGCUAUAUCGCUUUACGAUCUGUGCUCCGAUUUCUUGAUCAAUGCCACACAGAUGACAUUGUUUGACCCCGCUUUAUUUGCCAUUGAUCCUGAAAUGACAACCGAGCUGCGAACCUUCACCGAUGAGUUCUGGCAGCUCAUUUACCGAUCCAGGUUCAUUGACAGCACACGAGUUCGCCGCAUUCUGGCCCAAUACACUAAGGCGUUCAAUGCCUACCUGCGACUACCGCCUCAGGCACGCGCCCGUGAGGCAUGGGUGAUCCGCACCUUGAUCCAAACCUAUACUGAUCUAGGAAUCCACGAAGAUGACCAGGCAGCCAUGAUGGUGAUGAUUUACUGGACUGGCGAUGCCAACGCAUACAAGGCAGCGUUCUGGGUCCUGGCUCACAUUCUAUACGAUCCGACACUACGAGAACUGAUCCAGGAGGAGACAGUCCCAGCAGUGGGCCCGAAUGGCAAGGUGGACAUGGCCUAUCUGCGUCAAAACUGCCCCCGGCUGUCAUCAAUCUAUCACGAGGUGCUCAGGCUUACCAAGCGCGAUGCGGUGCUUCGGCGAGUCGUCCAAGAUACGGAGCUAGGCGGAAAGCAGUUUCGCAAAGGAAGUUUUGCAAUUAUUCCCUCUUGUCAGUUACACGACAGUCUAGAGACGUACGGGCAUGAUUCGUUGUUGUUCAACCCCGAACGCUUUCUGAAGCGACCGGAGCUGACUCAAGACCCGGCUUACUUCCCCUACGGCGGUGGAGUCUACUAUUGUCCGGGUCGUCAUUUUGCAACUUUGGAGAUCUUCGCCUUUGUGGCGGUGAUGCUGAACCGAUUCGAUGUCCAUUUGGCGUGGCCGAAGCAGGAAUUUCCACGUAAGGACGAGAGUGUGCUUACCUUUGGGAUCUCAAGGCCAUUGCCAGGAGAUGAUCUGUAUGUGGUCCUCAAAAAGCCUGAAGAUGCAGAUGCCUAG